AUGAGUAACUCAGGCAAUGAAAAUGAAAGUGAUAAUGAGACAACCACGGUUGACAACACUGAUCCUGAUGAGGGAAGACCAUCAAGUCCAGAGUCUAGCAGUGACGAUCUGCUUCAAGUAUCAAUUAAUUUUGACAAUUUGUGCUCCAUUUGUUUAAAUGAAGUUUCAGUGACCAGUUAUGCCGAUGGGUGUCUUCACAAAUUUUGUGGUCGAUGUAUUUUUGAAUGGGCUCGUAGAAGUCAACUUUGUCCCAUCUGCCGUACCUUUUUUGCCAAUAUAAUAACAAAUGUGCUUUCCGAUACAGACUAUGAGGUGAUCCCGUUGGAGGAAAGGAGAGCUUCUGUGUUUAAUUUUAUCCGAGAUUCAUGGUGGACAAACAACAAUAGAAACCAACCAUCAAAUCGAAACAUUUUUGCUGUUCGCCAAUUUUCAAGACAACCUCAUAACCAGCGUAACCAACAACCUCACCCACAAAUGGUUCAGCAACCACAAACAGCCUAUCAAGAGGAACAACAAGAGCCACAACCAAGAGGUCAACAAUCACAACCAGAGAUGGAAUUGACUCCAGUUAUUCGUGGUAUGGAUAACCUGUACAUUGAGAACCGAAGACCUCGUCGACCAUCAGCUUGUGCUCCAUCACCUGUUGCCCAUCCUCGAAUAAUUUGGGCUUCAAAUCGGUACAAUCGUAACCCCAAUAGACCUCCAAACAACCGACAAGCUCCACGUCAUCGUUCGAACCCUCCAUCAACCUCAUCGCCACCGCCACCACCUCCCCCAGCACAUCAAUCCCGAGGCAAUUCAACUCAUUCCUACCCAACAUCUCGCGCUCCUUUCCCAGCACCCAAUCCUCAUUUAACUUCCCAAACUGGCUCAACCUUUCAAAAUAAUAAUAAUAAUAAUGCUCAUCACAGACGAAACCAGGGACAAUCAAAUCGAUCUUACAAUGAUAGAGGUCAUUAUAGGAUGGUCCAAAGUGCAUAUGUUCCAUAUGUUCAGCAAAAUUACAAUAAUCACAAUUUUAACAAUAACAUUAACUAUCACCGUUCCCGGAGUAUUCCUAAUAACAUCCAUUCAUUUCCUCAAAGGCCACUUCGACCUUUGGUCGGUGUUCGUCAAGAAAACAUAUCAUCAUCAUCAUCGACAACAUUAAAUAACAAUCAAAACAACACACGACCAAACCAUCGAUUCAACAAUGACGAAAUGAAUUGA